ACGUCACUUCCGGUUAACAUGAGAUGCACACGUGCUGCCGUGGAUGCUCAGUACACAAAGCUUAGCCGUGGAGUUCGGAUCUCUUCGAAUCCUUCGAAGUUGUGGAGACUUUAUCGAUAAUAUUUUUCACUUCAUUCAUUAGUAAAUUUAUUUCAUGGCGGACGACACGAGGUGUUCACCUCCGCCAUCUUGGAAAGAUGAGAUGUUGGGAAUGUUCAACACAUUCAAACAGGAGAUCACUAAUCAGAUUCAGGAGCAGCUUGGACCUGUUGACGAUUCAGAUUCUGAACACAGCGUUUCCUCAGGAGAAAAGGACAGGGAUUCGUCACAAGUCAAUAACCUUCUUGACGAUUAUGUGGGUAAUACCACUUCUGGUUUCGACAAUCUUGCAGAUGAAUUCUCUACAUCAGAUAAGACUGGGCCAGCCGUUGAUUCUAAUUUAGCCACCAUGGUGGAGGAACUGGUUAAAGAAAAGCUACCCAAGUCAAAACUCGACGAUUUGAUGUCAAAAUAUCUUCGACCAGAAAAUUGCAAAUUGCUGGUCUCGCCCAAAGUCAAUAGAGCUGUUUGGAAUCAGUUAAGCCAGAAUACCAAAGCCACAGAUAGGGCUUUUCAGAAGUCUCAACAGUAUUUUAUUACUGCCAUGUAUGCCAUGAUGUCUGCCUGCGAGAAGGCAACAGGAGAGAUGAAGUCUGUUCUUGCACACUCUUUAGUCCUUGCCUUGGCAGGUAAUCCAGAACUGAACCUAAGCCGGCAAAGAUCCUCUUCAUCUUCAAGAGAUGGCAGAGCUUAUGGCUCAAGGUCUUUUUUAGGAGAGAGAGGCUCCUACCGCAGGAGGGGAGGAGCCAGACAACGCACUCAGACCGACAAAGAAUCUCGUCAAUAAUUUCCAGAGCUCAGGUUAGUUACAUGACUCAAAUUCAUGCUAUUAUUGGGUCAGAGACACCAUUUAGAGCUGGCCAAUUACAACACUGUUUAGAGGAAUGGAAAACAAUUACCUUGGACCCCUUUGUCUUACAAUGUGUGUCUAAUUGUGAACUUGAGUUUGAUUGCAUUCCUAUGCCAUCAAUUGGCUCUUCAAGUUCCUUACACCCAGAAUUCAAAUUCACAUUGACAGAACAACAAGCUGUUGAUAGAGAGAUUGACACCUUUUUGGAAAAGCAAAUUAUUGAACGAUGUCAGUCAGAACGUGGGGAGAUUAUUUCACCUAUAUUUCUAAUACCUACUGAAUGAUUUUCAAUUUAAAGUCCCUUAACCAAUCAGUGACUUACCAUAAGUUUAAAAUGGACACGCUUGAGUCUGCAAUCAAAUUAAUGAAGCCUGGGUGUUUUAUGUCUUCAAUCGACCUGCGAGAUGCUUAUUACUCCAUACCAAUAUCUCCUGCCUAUAGAAUGUUUCUCAAGUUUGCAUGGAGGGGAUACCUGUUUCUAUUUCGGGCCCUACCAAUGGGGUUGACAAGUAGUCCACGUAUUUUUACGAAGGUCCUCAAACCUGUUUUUUCCACCUUACGAACUCAAUAUGGACAUAAUUGYCUGGGAUAUCUUGAUGACUCUUUCUUCACGGACGAUACUGAAGAUGCCUGUCGUGAGGCUACCAUACAUGCAGCUCAGCUGUUUACUCGUCUAGGUUUUGUCAUUGACCCAAGCAUGUCUAUAUUCAAUCCUACACAGUCAUUAGAGUUUUUGGGUUUCGUGUUAAAUUCUGACACCAUGACAGUUUGUUUGACCCCAAAGAAGAUUGAGAAAAUUGUCCUUAUGUGUCAGAAGUAUUUAUGUGGACAGGCAUAUACCAUUCGGGAAGUUGCAUCAUUGAUAGGAACUUUGGUAUCAACAUUUUCUGGGGUGGAGUUUUGGCCCGCUGUAUUAUAGAAAUUUAGAAUGGGACAAGGAUGUGUCCCUAAAAGCUACCCAAGGGGAUUUUGAUGAGAAAAUGUCCCUUUCCAGGGAAAGUCUCCAAGAAUUAGAAUGGUGGGUCAGUUCCCUCCCUGCUGCAAGGAGAAACAUUGUGCAUGGUAUCCCAACCAUGAUUCUUACGUCUGACGCAUCUUCUGUGGGUUGGGGUGCUUGGACUUCCCAAAGUCAAACCCAAGGUCUAUGGUCCCAAGUGGAGAGGAAAUAUCAUAUCAAURUCCUGGAGAUGCUCGCAGUUAAACUGAAUCAGUAUCCAACCAACACAUUAGGAUCUUAUCUGACAAUACUACCACAGUGUCCUAUAUUAAUGCUAUGGGAGGUUGUAAGAGUAAGGAAUGCACUCAGAUUGCUAAGGACAUUUGGUUAUGGGCCAUCAGUCGGCACCUCUGGCUCUCAGCGGCUUAUC